GCCAGUCUGGCAACAUUGGGAACGUGAUGGCCGUUCCGUAACUUCCGUCAGGAGACCUCUAGCCGUUUUUUUGUGUCCUGUUUUUUGUGUUCCGUGCGUGCGUGCGUCUGUUCACCUGUACCUGCAUACCGAUGUUUUCGCAGCGACGAUGUCCGUCGAAAUGCGUACGGCAAAUGCGUAAUCACCGCCGACAUUGGUCGCGUUAGCGGAUCGCCGAAUCGGUGUGGACACAGCGCAAGGGAUUCCUCUGCGUCGUCGACAUCUUGUAAAGGCACGUCACCGAACUCCCCCCUACAGGUGUUUUCUCCUAGAUCUUCGCUGGGUCGCCUCGUUCGCCACCGCUGGCGCCUACCCACCCAUCCUUCCUCGAGUUUUUGGCUCGCAUAUUUUCGCGUCCUUCGAUAUCGACGUUGGCAAGACUGUCACUCUUCGAGCUGUCGCAACACGUCGUGCCGUUUCGCUUCCAAGAACUGUUCCGAUGAUCGGCGUAUCCUCGAACGGCGGCAGGAACCUGCAUUGUGUGUUAUCAUCGUGAGAAGGAAUUCGCAUGCCACAGAUGCUUGUUGAAUGGCAGCCAUGCCGGGGGUGAUGAAACUGGACAGCUGGGAGGACGGAUAUUCCAUGAACAGUGACUUUGACCCUUACUCUGUGCACAAGGACGUCCCGCCGCAUCGUUCUGACCUCGACAUGCGCAGCUCAAGAUCUGCUUACUCCAACGGAUACAGCUCGGAUCAGCACAGCGAUUUUGGAGGUGAAGAUGGACCUUCGUAUCUGCUCGAGCACCUCGCCACGUUUUCGGUUGGGCAGCAGUACGCUCUGGAGAGUCCGAAGGAUGGACUCCGCAAGCUCUUCCAGAUGGAGAAGUCCAAGGGGAUCUGGACGCAGAAGAUGAAGAUGAAGCUUGACCGGAAAUGGGUCAUCAUCAUCGACUGCGAGAACGGGGACAUAGUGGAGCGGUUUCCGAUGAGCCUGAUCAGCGACCCGACGGCCUUCACGUCGGACGACCCUCGAGAGCUGUACAACAACAUCCUGGUCUUCGUGGUCCAGGACGACCACACCUCGGGCCAGCAGGUCCACGCAGAGAUGCACAUCUUCCAGUGCGUCCGCAUCUCGGCUCAAGAAGUGGUUGACGACAUUAAAGCCUUCAUCAUGGGCAAGUGGAAAGGAAGGCCCGGAGGCGGGGGCUCCGCACUGCCCCCUCCCCCGAACGUGGCCCCGCCCGAGCCCCCGCUCAACGGCAUCAACGUCCGGGAGCAGGUCAGCAUCUUCAACGCCGUGUCCCAGGGUUCCCCGCCCACCCACACGCAGCUGCUCCGCGCUCCCCACGACAAGAUGGACCGGGGCGCCCCGCCUGGCGGCUACGCCCGGGAGUCCAACGACGAGACCAGCUCCACCACCAGCGAGAAGUACGAGCGGGAAGUGGCCAUCCUGAACCACUGCUUCGACGACAUUGAGCGGUUCAUCGCGCGUCUGCAGCACGCGGCGGCUGCGUACCGAGAGCUUGAUCGACGCCGCAAGUCCCGCAAGAACAAGAAGAAAGAUCUUGGAGACGGCAUGUUGAGCAUGCGUGCCAAGCCCCCUCCGGAGCGGGAGUUCGUCGACAUCCUGCAGAAGUUCAAGCUCUCCUUCAACCUUCUGGCCAAGCUGAAGAACCACAUCCACGAGCCGAACUCGCCGGAACUCGUGCAUUUCCUGUUCACUCCGCUGGCCGUCAUCGUGGACGCCGCCCGUGACUGCGGCCGGGCCGGCACGGGCCCGAGCUUGGCCUCUCGCGUCGUGAGCCCCCUGCUUACGCGAGAUGCCCUGGAGCUUCUCGCCAACUGCUGCACCUCGAAGGAGAGCGACCUGUGGCACAGCCUCGGGGACCCCUGGGUGGUCCCCCGGGACCUCUGGAAGGGCUACGAGACGGAGACUUACCAGCCCGUGUUUUCGGACGGCUGGGCCCCGGACUGCAGCACGGGCUCGGACGACCAGAUGAUGCCGCAGCAGCCGCACCCCCGCCGCCGGUCGCAAGAGGAGGUGGAGCUGCGUGAUGUCCCGGAGUACCACGCGCACCGCGGCAACGUGCCGGGGCAGCACGAGGUGGACAGCCGCUACGGCGGGAGCGACUACCUCGGCGAGCGGCCGGGUUCCAUUCAGGCGUCGCCCUACGACCGCAGCUUCUCGCCCCGCGACCACCUUGACAGGCCGGGCACUCAGACCCCGUCAGAGCCGGACCUGCACGACCCGAGGGACCAGAGGUCGGAGCUGAGCGUGGACUCGAUGGAGCGCCCGGACCCCCAGCGCCAGUGGCGGGCCUGGGCCGACGGCCUCCGGGACCAGGGUGCCAAGCUGGUUCAGGUGGUCUACCCACGCACCGCCAACAACGACAAAGAGCUCACCGUCGUGCGCGGAGAGUUCCUCGAGAUCCUGGAUGACAGCCGCAAGUGGUGGAAGACGCGCAACAUCCGGGGCCAGGUGGGGCACGUGCCCCACACCAUUGUGACGCCCUACCAGGACGAAGGGGGCAGCGACAGCGUGGUGGGCGGCUACGACCGGGGCCGGGGAGAGGACAACUACAGCCCCCCCGUGAGGUCACCGUACCCGCCAGGAGGAGCCUUUGCGGACAUGGGUCUCGAGGGAGGUGAUUCGCCAUCAGGACAUGACAUGACGGGCGAAUCGGUGAGCCCGUCUGCCCUGGGACUGGGCCCCCGUGGGGGCAACAACGGGCCCCGCCAGCCCCCCGCCCCGGCCGACUGGGUUCGCAGGGAGCGCCAGGGCAAGAAAGGCGAAUAUUAUUUCGCUGAUCAAGGGAUCCACUUGGAAAAAAGCAUUCCACCGGCACCCCCUCUUCCACCGCCCGAUCCUCCGACGCGAGGAUCGACACCACCGGCACCGCCAACACCAACCAAACAGCCCAAGCCGACUCCGGUCCAGAAGGAGCCCGAACGGGCGAAAGAUCCACAGCCAAAGCCCGUGGCAAAGACAGACAACUCCUUCGACGAAGAACUGAGGCUCCGCCUCACCCUGGGUCACAAGGCGGACAAGAAGUGGGGCAAGAUGAAGGCAAACGCCGCCCAGACCACCUACAUCACGCCUGAAUCGUCAGUGGCCGAAGUGCAGACCUGGCUCACAGCCAAGGACUUCAGCGACCGGGUCAAGUCCCUGUGCCAGGAUCUCACGGGCGAGCACAUGUUCUUGCUGACAAAGGAGCGGCUGGAAGGCACCCUCCCCGCCACCGAGGUGGCACGCCUUAUGAGCCACCUCACUGUCCAGAAGAACCUCUGCGGGUACAACCCCACGAAAAAGAACCAGUUGAGCGAGAUCCUCCAGCUUCGUCGAAAUCAGGUGGAAGCCGGCAACGCGCCGAAGGAAGCCUCCCAAGUCGAGAUGACGACGCUCGUCGUCAUACCGAAACCAAGUCCGUAAUCUUGGAAACGUUGCGGUUCCUACAAUUUCUGCAUGUCCCUCAUACAAGGUUUAGCUAGCUCUGUCGAGAGAAAAUCACGGCUGCUCCGCUUUGAGCCGCUGAACCAGCUACGCUUCGGUGUAAGGAUACUUCGGCCAUGUUGGUGCUCGAUACCGUUGUUGCCGGUCGUCCAGAGUUUCAUCCGAAUUCGCAGGAAACACUUUUUUGUCCUCAAGAAAUGUAAAAACGGUGUGAAAUGGAGCAGAGCGAUAUCACCUCGGCUCUCUGACAGCAUAUCUAAAGCUCUGGAAGUCGUAUUUUCAACUCGUAACAGCCCACACUGAGCACCGAAAUGGUGGCGCCCACAAAACUAUCGGGGUUUGAAGUGCCGAUAAUCUGAGCGUCACUCAUUCAGUUGCUCAGGCUUCGCCAAAGAGCCGAGCCCUCUGAUUCCAAGGCUUUUGACAUUGUUGUCGUUGUUGUUUUUUCCUAUGAGGUUCUCGACUCGAACUUGACCCCAUUUGUUACCUGGCCGCCGAAGCGGUGCCGUGUUUUUGUUCAGGCACCGGAUGACCUUAUAUGCAGGUAUUUUUACAAGUUAGCUCCGGAGGACUGAAUAUAAAUAGUCUAUUCUGUCGCGUUACAAUGUAUGGCGCCACGCAGCUUCCCUGGGCCGAUUUGUUCAUCUCGUGGCUGCAGCCAACAGGGAUUUUUAUGUCACGGAACCAGUUCCAUGGGGACAUGGAAGUACUUAGCAUCCCUGCCUAAUGGCGGAGAAAUACUUGUUUCAUCGAGCCCAAAAGUUUGAUUUCGCUCGCAGAAACUGACUUCAGAGGCUUUCUAUUAGAGUCCAAUUAACUGCAGCCUUACACUUAAGGAGCGGCAAGUAAAGUUACGGCCGGGGAAAUUGUACCUGGAAUGAAGAGCAUGCUGGUAAGGAUAAUAUAAGUAAUGGGAAGGACAGAAAGCACAGAGACGGUCCGUCCCUGCAUUUUCUUACCAGCACGCUCUUGAUUUCAAAUACAAUUUUAUCUGUUUUUAAACAUGCAACACACUUGCUGCGACUCUUUUCAAUAGCAGCAACACCCACUUCGUGCUAAUACACACUGCAGCUGGGUCAAUUCAAAAAUUAAAAACCUCCACGCACAAAAAAGUUGUUCUGCGGCGUGAUUCGCACUUGGAACUUUCACGACACGCCGACAAGUCCCGGCUCUCUUACCUCUUGAGUAGAGUAUAGGGUGGAAAUUGCGGUCGCUGGUGCAGACAUGCAAAUAUAAUGCCACCGCUUUUAUCUCGCGUGGUUUCUUUUUUAUUUUGGCUCGUAUUGACCUUCCCUGGCCGUAACUUUACCUGCCACUCCUAAAGUAUAAGCCUGCGGUUAAUUUGACUCGAAUCGAAAGCCUUCUGCGAUCAGUUUCUGCGAGUGAAAUCUAACUUUUGUGCUCGAAUCGACACGGAUCUCUCUGCCAUUAGGCAGGGACGCUAAGUAUUUCCAUGUCCCCAUGGAGCUGAUUUAUCACGUGACAUAAAAAUCCCUCUUGGCUGCAGCCACAAGAUGAAAAAACCAGCCCCGACAUCUUUCUCAAGUUUACAUGACAGACAAGAUGACUUGCGCACAGCGGCUACAAUUUGUGGUGAGACCAAACUAAAUAGACUUGACCGGCUCACAAAGUGUUUUUAUUAUGUCGGUGCGUUGUUGGAAUCCGACCAUUGUUGUUUUUUGUAGAGAGCUUCAUACAGAGUUCAGCAGUUGUUUUCUAAGCACUUGUUACGAUGGUAUUUUGUUAUACUGAGUGGGGCUGUUGUGACUGAACAAAUACAUUGUGUGCUAAAGCUGUUGAUCAUCUGGGCUUGGGAACAAAUGUACUUAACAUAUUUCUAUGACAUAUUGUGCUAGUAUGUUUGAUAGACAGUGGUGUGUAAUGUAGUCCUUGCACGUUUUGAUAAUUUGAAACGAUAAGAUGUCGAGACAUAUCGUUGACCAUCCAGGUAGAGGUGGGUGUGCGUAUCAUAUAUUUGUCUUUGCACUUGUGUGCCUUGACCAUAUAGUAUGGCCCAAAAAGUGUGACUUCACUAGCCACUGCAGUGAGUCCUAAUCUUGUUAAACCCGUAUGUGCAACAUUUCAAACAAGGGUUCUCGUACGUCGUAUAAAAAGCAUAUGCAUAUAUUAUCCGCUCAUGGGUGCAGGAUUGUUUCCUGCACUUAGGUUUUCCGUGCAACACACAUUAAUGCAUCGAAAAAGAAUACUACCUCUAGUAGUAAUAUGGGACUAACUGCAUUUGUUUUAUUUGUUUAUGGUGCACAAACAUUCAAACUUUUAUUAUAUAUUUCUUCGUUAAGUAAGGUUCACUUUUAUAUAUGUUGCAGCUACAAGUGCAGGUUUUUGGGUUGUGAAUCGAGUUUCUGCUCAUAACCAUGUCCAGAAAUGGUAACAAGGUUGAACAAGAGAUGGCAGGCUGCUAUGUUUAGCCAUUUAUCAUUUUUCAAGUUAUGUAUACUUGUAGCCUUUUACUUCAAGUUGCUUUCUUCCACGUGGGCUGCUGUAAUUGUGCCUCAGACCUGCAAUAAAACCAAAGCACUAUGUCUUUUUAAAUAACCGACUUAUUUGCAUUUAUAUCUGAGCGCGGUUGAAAGAAAAUUUCUCACAAUGGUGAGCAAUCUGUUCAUCCGAUUUCACUUGUUUUUUUUUUUAAUGCUUCCCUUAAAAAUUAUAACUGAACAGAACAUGCACAUCUGCGUAAGCUUGGUGUCUUAACUAUGAGCAUCAUGUUUACUCCUCUAAAUAUUUUUCAUGGAAUCACUAACAUGUGAUGCACAUUGAACGUAAGGUUAGCGGUCAUUCCGCUCAGCUGAAUCGCUCUUCUGGGGCAGAGCACAUUUUGUGGCGAACUGACCUCCCAGCUGUAUAAACGUUUAUACAGUAAAACCUCGUUAUAACAAAGUUGAAGGAGCGGUCGUAAUUAUUUCGUUAUAACCAUUAGUUUGUUAUAGCCAAUGUCCAUUUCUUCCCACUAUUAGCAAGCAAGGGGAAUUAUGAUUGCUUUGUUAUAUCCAUUAGUUUGUUAUAUCCCGUUUUGUUAUAACGAGGUUUUACUGUAUAACAAAUCUAACUCAAGGUUUGCUUGGUUUGGCGAAAUGAAGUAUGUAUACAGGUAGCACUCUUACAUGUCACUUGUCCAUCACUACCACAUAUUCCUGGCCAUCCUGUGCCUUGCUAGAUCGGCGGAGGAAAGCUCACCACAAAACCGUCGGAUGCAGAAAAAAAGCUCACCGGUCUUUUGAUGGAUGUGGAGAAAACCUCACUUACGAAUCGAAUCGAGCGUCCAUUAAAGUGAAGUGUAUGUUCAGUCAACUGGAAAGUAUACUGGGAUGCCUUAUGUGCAAACGUUCAUUCUGCACUCCGCUAGCAGAAUCUUUUUUUUUUUUUUUUUUUUAAUGUAAAGUUGUUCUGCAACAUGUAGGCGUUGCACAACAAAAAUAAAUAAAGAAUUUUAAUAGAGCGCUAAUUUCAAAAUAACUGGGGGAAAUAAAGCAAGUGUAAAAGUCCGCAGCUUGCAUAGUUUCUGGAUAUUUAUACAGGGUGUUUCUACGAAGGCUUUCAAGAAAGGAAAAAAUCUUUCUUGGAACAAAUUGCAAGCCACGGUGAAUAUCAAAAAUUACAGAAACAAAUAUAUUAAUUAGAUAAAUAAUUUACUAAAAUUUAAUCAUUCAUUUUUUUUAGUGAAAAUGAACAAAGUUCUAAUGAUAAACUUUCUAAGCAUCAUCGAAAGCCACUAAAUAAACUCAUUUUAGAAAUAUAUAAGGCCGGGUCAGCAUUUUACGGCGUUUCAAGAAUGAACUAAAUUCGGACGCAUCCGAAUAAAGCGUUUUACGACAUUUAAAAAAAAAUGCUAAAUGCGGACGCGUUCGACUUGAGCGUUUUUUAGAGACGUUAUAAAAAGCUGCCCCUGUUUUAUAUUUUUCUAAAAUGAAUUGAUUAAGUGGUUUUCAAUAAUUCUUAAAGAGUUUCUUGUUGGGACCAUAUGUUUAUUUUCACUAAUUAAAAAGUUAAUUAUUUAGCUAAUUAGUAUUUUUUUUUCUCUCGAUUCUUGACAUUUGUUGUGGCUGGCAGUUUGUUCCCUGAAAGAGCUUUCUUUUGCUCAACCACCUAAUUUUUAGGGAUUUUUUGAAGUCACCACUGAAACACCCAGCAUAUUGAAUAACCUUUCAUGUAGUUCGGAAUGCCAAAUCUUCACAUUUCACUAUUUAUUUAAGAAGCUACGCUUUCAAUUUUUAGCUCUUCUGCGAGUAAUUUUAGCUCUUACUGCGAGUAAAAUG